UAAAGGCAACGCGAACGCGCAUAUCCCAGAAGUCUGUGCGGCUAGCUGCUGUACUGUAGAUCGUUUGCUAUAUGCUGGUCACUUUAAACAGCCGAAAAUGUGGAAAUUAGUGUUGACAACCUUGUGCUUCUUCCUGAGCUUGCAGGAAGCGUUAGCCGAUGUUAUUUCCAUGGACGGCGAAGCGCCAUCCGAAGAAGUGAACAAGCGUAACGCCCAUCAUGUUCAACGCGGAUUAUUCUUUACUAUCGACCUUUACUGGCGCUGGCCGGAUCCUAAUGAAAUUUUAUUUUACAUUGACCCAUACUACAGUCCAAAGGAACAGUACUGGAUCCGACAAUCGGCUGCUUUUAUUGAACGCGAUCUACUGGGAUGCAUCCGGCUUAGAGAGACCGAUGGUCGCGAUCGCCGGCCCAAGAUAAAGGUCACUCCGUUCCUGCACAAUAACCGACCGGAACAGUACUGCAAAGCCUUUCCCGGGUUCCGUCAUAGCUUCGCGCAAAAAGGUCGCGACCAGUUGUUUGUCGUACCGCGUGGACCGGAUAGUUGUCUAAAUGAGACAUUGGUCGGAUUGAUGAAAGGCUGGGCCAUCACUCUGGGUCGCUUGAAUGAACAUCAGCGUUGGGAUCGCAACGAGUAUAUCCGUUUGCAUCCGGAAAAUAUCGACUUUCCGGAAGCAUACAAACGAUACGAUUUCUUACAAGCGUACUUGGAAAACUUUUGGAUGGGUCUACCGUACGACACCUGCAGUAUCACGCACAACCGUCCGACCGCCUUCGCCCGACCGGGCAGCAUUGCUUUCUCCUUCCGUCGGGGUCCGCAAGCCGUGCCCGAUAUUCCACGACUGAGCCAAACCGACUGUCAGCUGAUCAGUCAUAUGUACGGCUGUAAUCCUCGUAUCUGCCGCUACUGGGAUUGCGAAGCUGAGCGGUGGAACACCUCAUGGGCAAACACUCCAAAAACCACAACCCGCGUGACUACGACACUGUCUACCGCCCGCCCGUCAACGUCCACAACGCGUCUGAAUUCAACGACACCUACGACCACGACUCGCCCAACGACAACGACAGCUCGCCCAACGACCACAACGGCGGCGAUUGUCACCAGCACCACACGAGCGACUGUUAGCGGUUCGACGUCGAAGCCCAGUGUUUCCAGUACACCGGCCGUGACGACAACAGCACAAUCAACAUCCACGCCGUCGACUUCUACGACAACGGCGACCACGUCGACCACCACUUCAACGGCCGCGCCGACAACGACUACAACGGUUACCACCACCACCCCCGCUCCGCAGUGCACACUGCAAUCUUUUUGCCAGGGAAACAUCGACGAGUCGUCCUUCCUUUUGGGACCGUACUCACCGUACCAGACGUACUUGUUGUAUUCCGGCAAUUGCAUUAUGGAAUACACUGUUAACUGGACCACCAAUAUCCUGAAUCCCAUUGGUGACCCUGAGUUACUGACCGAGUACUUCCCGCCGCCCGGCGGACCAACCCUCGUCCCGCCGGUGAAUCCAGUUUUUCUGAACAGAAAUCAGACAAACACCACGGAUGGAUUUGAUUUAAACUUGAUUAACAAUAACGGAGCCAGCCUUCUGCAUUGCCCAACCAAUGGUUUGUUUGACACGCAUGCCGCCAGUUGUCCAACGCCUUCCGGCCCGAAUUCGAUUGCAGGAACGGCCGGGCUUACCAGUAUAUCCUCAAUGUUGAACGUUGGUGAUUUUAAAACGUAUCACUAUGUUGUGGACAGCUCCAAAAAAGAAAUCAAAUUAAUGGACCCCAAUUUCCAAAGCACUCUACAAACCACGCAAGGUUUACUCGCCGGACAAAAGCAAAUCGCCAGUAUUACGGCUAUACAGAUCCUUAUGGACGAGGUGGAUAUACAUCCGAUUGUCAUGGGCAUCGUUGGCACUGGUGACGAUGGGAAAACGUACGCAGGCGUUGUUAAUAUGCCGAUUGUGGCGCAUCCAAACGUUCCACUCUCUCCUAUCGAGUGGUACAACGGUACAAGCGCGUUGCUUUCAACGAGAAUCGAGGGAUGCUAAGUAGAUACACGUUUACCCUGAUCGCCACUGCGUUUUGUUGCUGCUCUGUAAUCCGGCCAUUCUAACAAGAUUAUUUUCUCUCAUAAUAAUUUCUGAUUUUCCAGCGCUCCAGUUCAUGUUGGCCUGUUCUAUUAAAAACUGUUGCCUUGUUGAGUUAAAUAAAAUUUUUGGGUUUUUAGGCUACAGGUUCAGAUAAAUAAUCAUGGUUCAGAAAAUUUGUCAGCUGAUGAUGCGUAGAGAUAUAUUAUUAUUACGAAAGUUUACAAUUUGGCCGUAUUGAUAGCAGAAGUCCAAUGCACCGUCAAAACUGGGCGGCUCAUUCAAACGGGCAUAUCAAUAAAAAUGCAGUCACAGUGA